AUGGAUCGCUCACGGGAUGAACGAGGAAAUCGACGAGAUAGUGGUGGUAAAAGAAGAUAUAGAGGCAUGUUAUUCCUUGAAUACUUUACUUUCACUACCUUUGACGAUGAUCGCCGAGGUAGUGGUCGAGAUAAAAGGAAUCGAGAUCGUGGAAGAAGCGGCUAUAUUGAAGUACAAGAACAACCUGUAGAAGAUAGCCCCGAGAAAAGAUUGACAACUCUUUUGAUUAUUUUGGGUGACAAGAUGACACCAAAAGAAAUAACUACAAAUAUCGAAAAGGUUGCCAGUAUAUUAAAUAAUGAAUAUUCGAAACUUGAAACUCACGUCUUGAAAACAAUAAAAAAUUGCUUCAUGGAAUUACCAAUGAAGGCAUAUAUUUAUGGUACCCUUGUUGGUCUUGUGAAUGUCACGCGUCCCGAAGUUGGGGUCAAGGUUGUGAAAAUGACUGCUCAGACUUUACAACAAUGUUUGAAUGAAGGAAAUUGGCGUGGUGCAAAAUUAUCUCUCAAAUUUUUUGGAGAGUUGACAAAUGCAAAUGUUAUAUUACCCAGAACCAUGUUAGAUAUUUAUGACGAAUUAUUAACGGUUCUCGAUGAACAAAAAUUGAAGAUAUCUCGCGCAGACACAAUUGUUUAUAUUGUUUUGGCUUCAUUACCUUAUGUAGCAACUAGACUUCGAGAAAGGUGCCCUGAUGCACUAGAAAACAUGUUGGCGAAAACCGAACGAUAUUUCUAUGCCAGAGAACGAACUAUACUGGAUAUAGACGGAUCAGUUGUUCGAAAAUCUAUUCAACCUUAUGUUGGAUCCAAAGUACCAUAUGAACAACAUGAUAUGUUAGAACUUCUAUGGACCCAAAUUCAAAAUUUGAAGCGGAAUGAUUGGGUGUGUCCAUGCCUUUUGAAACCUUGGUCGGAUUAUGACAGUGUACUCAUAACUGCAGAUCAACAUGAAGUUGAUAAAUUUGUAGUACCAGAACAAUUUGAUGGAAUGAAUAAUUCUCUUCCAACUACAAUGUUCCGAAUUUUCGUUGGUUUUGAUGAUGAGCCUACAAUGAAACAACCUGAUGUAACCGACAUAACAUACCUUGUAAUUAAUGAUGUUAUCGAAGAUAUUGUUGAUGUUAUGGAAGUAAAUCGUAAAGAGUGUGUAAAAUAUCUCAAGGAUCUUCCGUAUUGUUUUGCACCAGAAACUUUUGUCGGUAAAGACACAACUAUUGCUGCAGCGAAAACUGACAUCAAAGAGGAACCAGAAACAAAAAAUACAUCUAGUUUGGAUCCAAAUCUUGCAAAUUACCACCUCGAACAGAUGAUCGUUGAGGCAAUAGGAAUUUUAUUCGAUCGUGUUGAUAUCAUGGAUGUAGAAUGUUGUUAUCGAUUCUGGAAUUGGUUUAGUCAUCAUCUUAGUAAUUUCAGUUUUAUAUGGAAUUGGAAAGAUUGGGAGAGUGCUUUAAAAUUAGAUCCUUUACACCCAAAAGUAUGUUUCUUACGAGAAACGUUCCAAAAGAUGGUACGCUAUAGUUAUUAUGAAAGAAUUAAAUCUACUAUUCCAGAUGAAUUUUCGGCGAUUUUUCCAAUAGAACCAUCCACCAAUUUUAAAUAUGAAGACUCCGCUCAUCCUUUACAUAGUUUGGCUGAGACGUUAUUAGGGAAAAUUCGUAAGAGGGCUUCCAUUGAUGACGUACAAACAUAUUUCAAAGAGAUGUUAUCACCGGCAUUGCCUGUAGAGGAUAAAGAGCAAACUAAGCGCGAUAUAUUUAUUCAAUGUGUGCUUAUGCAAGGAUGUAAGAGCUUCAGUCACGUGCUUAAUGUUAUUGAGAGAUAUUUAUCGAUUCUUCAAUCUUUAAAUGAUACGGCUGAAAAUAAAUUCUUGGGUAUUCUUCUUGAUAAAUUAUUAAAUUACCGAGUCAUUGACGCCAGUUCUAUAAUAACUUGGUUAUUUACAGACGAAAUGGAAAAAGAAGUUUCCAAGUCAUAUAUGUGGGAAAUUAUGAAGAAUACUAUUAAUAAAGUUAUAUCACGAGUCAAGCAAGUUCAAUACAAACUUGAAAGUUUGAUGAAUCCACCAGCAGAUUCUGGGAUCAUUGAUAUCACGAGUGAUUUGGAUAAAAAGGUUAACACUGACGAAUUGCGAAAUAUUGAAAAUACGCUGAAUAACGUUACUAGGGAACAAAAAGAAGUUUUGUUGACCCUGGUUAAUUUAUUUGUUGAGAUGCUUAAUAAUAAAUUGAAAGAAUAUAAUGAACAAGGAGUUCAAGAUCCCAUGUCUAAGCUUUGGUUCUGGUGGGCAUAUGGAUUUUUCAAAGAAAUUGGACGAACUUAUCAACCACAAAUAUCGACAUUUAUAGUGACGUUGGAAACCAUUGUUGUUGUUCCAAAUAUGGAUCCAACUAUUUCAAAUAUAAUUGAUAUGAUUAAAGCAUUUGGACGUGUGAAAGAUGCCACUAUUGUUGAAGAUUUGUCAUAA